AUGGACCCGAGGCUACAGCAGUUGCAGCAGCUCCACGAACACUUGCACGCCGCCGCUGCCGGCUCGGCCACCCCGGUCCAGAGACCACCUAUCAAGGCCCGGCGGCCCUUUGUCUCUGCAGACAACCGGCCCGCCAAGCCAGAUGGCAAGUUUCGCGUCGUCCUCGUCGCGACCGGGAGCGUCGCGAGCGUAAAGGUGCCCGACAUGGUUGGGUCAUUGUCCAAAGACCCAGACAUUCAACUUCAGGUCGUGGCCACCGACGCGUCCCUCCACUUCCACACACAACAACAAGUCGACGACGCCGUGAAGAGGGCGUGGAAUUUGGGCGAAAGCACUGGACCUGGGACACAGCCAGACUUUGGCGUACGCGUGUGGACAGACAAGGAUGAGUGGGCAGACUGGGGAUCUAUCGGCGACCCAAUCCUUCACAUCGAGUUGCGGCGAUGGGCCGAUCUUGUCGUUGUCGCACCAUGCUCCGCCGACGUCUUGGCCAAGAUUGCCUCUGGCUUUUGCGAUAACCUAGCUGUGGGUUUACGAACCGCCAUUCUCUAA